AUGAAGCCCACCUUGUCCCUGUGUUUAUUGCUGUCUGCUUUGCGUACUGUUGCCAGCUGUCAGCGUCCUCACCACCCCAAUGAGCAAGAUGAUCCUAAAGGGACAUAUUACCCACAACACAGUCUUCAAGGGGAAAGGGUUUAUCCAAUUAAGAAUAAAACCUUCAUCAAACUAGUUCCUAGCAAUGCUGACUUUGCAUUUUCAUUUUACAAGCUGGUCACAUCUGAAGCAACAAAUCAAAAUAUUUUCUUUUCGCCCAUAAGCAUCUCUGCUUCCUUUGCAAUGCUGGCACUUGGUGCCAAGUCAGCGACACUGGUGCAGAUUCUGGAAGGGCUUGCCAUUAAUCUGAGAAAGACUCAGGAGCAGGAAAUACAUGAAGGUUUUUGCCAGCUCCUUCACAUGCUGAACAGUGACCUCCAGCUGAGCUUGGGCAAUGCCCUUUUUAUAGAAGAGACACUAAAGCCACUACAAAAAUUCUUGGAUGAUGUCAAAAACUUUUAUGAAUCUGAAGUGUUUUCUACUUGCUUUAACAACUCCUCUGGUGCCGAGAAUCAGAUCAACAGUUAUAUUGAGGAAAAAACAAAGGGGAAAAUUGUUAAAUUAGUGGAAAAUCUUGAUCCUCUCACUGCAAUGGUUCUUGUUAACUAUGUCUUCUUUAAAGCCCAUUGGGAGAAACCCUUCAGUACUUCAUAUACAAAGCGUGAGGAUUUUUUUGUGGAUCAAAAAACAUCUGUAAAAGUUGACAUGAUGUAUCGAAAGGGUUACUACAGAAAUUAUUUUGAUGAAGAUCUGUCCUGUUGGCUGGUUCAGAUACCUUACAAUGGAAAUGCUGCAGCUUUAUUUGUUUUGCCUGAUGAAGGGAAGAUGAAGCAGGUGGAAGAUGCUCUCUUGAAAAGGACUGUAUCUAAAUGGGAAAAGCUCCUCCAAGACAGAAAAAUACAUCUGCAUAUUCCAAAAUUUUCUAUUUCUGGUACUUAUGAUGUGAAAGAGUUAGUGAAACAAGUGGGUAUAAUCGAUCUGUUCACUGAACAAGCUGAUCUGUCAGGGAUUACUGAGGAGCCUGGACUGAUGGUUUCAAAAGUGAUCCACAGAGCCAUGCUGAAUGUUCAUGAGAAUGGCACUGAAGCAGCAGGGACUACAGUGAAGGAGGUUACCUGGAGAUCUGGAGAUUUUCCUCAUCCACCUCGAGUCAGAUUCAACAGGCCCUUUCUUCUGGUUAUUCUGGAUAAAUACACCCGUACCAUCCUCUUCAUAGGGAAAAUAGUAAACCCUCUGAGAAGUGACUGA